UUGAAGACUUACUUGCCAAGAAAAUCCUGUGGUUGGUUUAUACUUCUGUCUCCAGUUCUAGUCAAGUGUGGGGUUGCUGAUUUCUGCAUCAGAGGAUUCAGGGGGAGGCUGGACAGGGAAAGUCACCCAUGAGGUUGAAUCAUCUGCAUCACAGACACCCCUGGAUCAGAACACGUGGAUUUUGUCUUACAAGAAAUGCAUGAUAGAAGUUCUUCCUGAAUAUCACUUCAACAUGAUCUUAAAGAAGUUCCCUUAUUCAGUUUUACUUCUCUUUAUGUGAAACGAAAACAAACAGUAAGCAGGGGAAGAGAGUAGCCAGUGGGCAAUGAAAACUCUGAAAUUCUGAAUUAGGAUCAAGCCUGUGUGCCAAGGACAAUAUAAACAUGAAAGAGAUUUACAUCCUGCUGCUGGAUCUGUAUUUGGUCUUCCAUGUUCAAGCCGUUCGAGAGAGUAUCCCAAUGAAAAGCUUGAAGUGCUACAAUGACUACAACUCACAGGUGACUUGCACAUGGAUGGAGCAUUCAGAGGCUCAUGACCUCAUUGGGAUGAUUCUUUACCAAAGGGAUAAUAUGGAGAACAAGGACAUGUUUUGCAGACGCCAGACAGAAAAUGACUUACAUGAAACUCCAGAUGUGUACGUGCACUGGGUCUGCCACAGGACUACAGACUAUUUUGGAAUAGGGGUAGAUGAUAUUUAUGGCUUCAGACCUAAAAAGGUGCUUCAAACAGAACUGGAUGUUAAUCUUUUCCAAAAUGUUCAGCCCCUCCCACCUCAAAACCUCUCAGUCAGCUCAAUGACAUCAGGAGACUUCUUGCUGACCUGGAAAACAGUGGAUGGAAGCCAAGUGUUGGGCAAUGUGCUGCACUAUGAAGUCACUUACAAGCGGGAAUGGGAGUCCUGGGAGGCAGCUGCCUCUCUCUUGCUGUCCAACACCACACGCUGCAUUCUCAGCCAUGAGCACCUUGUCCCAGGGAGCAGCUACGUUGCCCGUGUGCGAGCCAGACCGGGGCAGGACAGCAGCUUCUCUGGGCAGUACAGCGAGUGGAGCAUGGAGGUGUCGUGGAAAACCCCUGAAGGUGGCCUUCAGCCCAGGAACCUUCGCUGCUUCUUCAGUGGUGGAGAUCGUCUGAUAUGCAGCUGGGAAGUGAGGAAAGUGAUCACCACCUCUGUCCUCUUUGGUUUAUUCUUCAGGGCCACCCCAGCAUCAGAAGAAGAGGAGUGCUCUCCUGUGCAUGAGAAGACUUUGCCCCACACCUCAUAUGUAGUCCAGAGCUGUGAGAUACUUGUUAACAAUUCCAGCAACCAGAGCCAGUAUCAUGUGUCUGUCCGGGCCAAGACAGAGGACAAGCUGAUUGAAGCCUACAAAAACAUUCAGGUGCUGCCACCUGCAAAUGUGACAGUAAGAGCAACAGAGAACCAAGAGUAUGAACUAUGGUGGAAAAAACACCAUUUGAAAUACGGCUUCAUAAAACAGAGAUACCAAGUCAAGUACUGGGAAAACAACCGAUAUGAAAAGACUCUCCAGGAGUUAAAUAUCAGCAACGAUAUACCUCCCUUCACCUUCACCCUGCAGAUGCUGGCAGCAUCUACAGAGUACAGGGGGAAAAUGCGUGCAAGGGUGAACAUGCCUUCAGCAUACGAGGGACCUUGGAGUGAAUGGAGUGAGGAGUUCACCUGGAAGACUGAGAAUGUUCUGCCACCUGUGAUUCUCCCCCUGAUGCUUCCAGCUCUCAUCAUCAUUCUGCUGAUAAUUUCUUAUUGCAGCUAUAAGUUUUUCCUCAGGAAGAAGAAAAUGUGGGAGGAAAAGAUUCCGAACCCCAGCAAGAGUCUCCUGAUCCAGAGCUACCUGGGGAAAGGACACUUGGGAAGUUGGCCAACAAGCAACCAGAUGGACUUCAACAAACACAACCUUUCAGAGAAGAUGGAGAAGGCUAGCUUCCUUCAAAUUGUGGACAGGCAGGCAAAGACUUUGGCAGAGUGCCUUGAAGGGCAGACUAGGAAGACAGAUGUUUUCCCUGUUACACCAGACCUCCAGAACUCAUACCAAGCUUUAAAUGAGUCAGAGCAUACCCCAGUUGCCUGCUCAAGUCAGAGUGCUGGUCAUUCCUUUCCCAUUUCAAGGAGAAACAGUGCUGAUGCAAGUAUUGCUUCCCACACAGCAGUCUCUUGCUUUGCUUUCAAUGGUCCAUACUUGUACAGCCCAGUGGUGUCCUCUCACUCUGAUAUACAUCAGACACUGGAAAUGGACCCUGUGGGACUCAGUAAGAAAUCAGUUUCCCUUCAGUAUGUGAUUCUCCCAAGGGAAGACUCUCCCCAGGCCCCACAGAAGCAAGAAGAGCCAGGAACAGCUCCUCCAAGGAACGUGCUCCCAGAUCAGAGGGAAAUGAUGAAGCACCUCAGUGACAAGGAAGAAGUCUCACAGGCCUCGCCAGCUUGUGGGGAAGGCACCAACAAGGGAACAGAGGAGCAGAACUCUCCAAAAGCUCUCAGCUGUACCACAUCUCCUCAACAUUGUCCCUUGGAGUACAUCACCACAGACAGCCCAUUACUGCCAUCAGUCAGCACCUGCACCCAUCCUUCCCUUGUCACAACUGAGGAAUCACCCUGUGGCUCACAGGAGCCUCAGAAUCCCAGUGAUGACCCUUGCCACGAGUUUUCUCCGGGGAAAACCGGUGUCAUGGUCCCAGUUUCAGGCCAAGCACCAACCUCAUCUCCUGAAUUGAACCUGGAUGCAUUUGGCGACUAUCUUACCAUGCCUGAAGGUCUCCAUGAAAAUUCAAAACCCACAAAGAUUUCUUUACCUGUCUUACAGAAGGAAAAUGGCAUUCCUAGAAAGCAGCCUUUGUCAGAAGGCAACUUGGUGGUGUUAAACCCUGACAGCACUGAGCCAGUUUUCCUUUGCCAGGUUGGUGACUAUUGCUUCCACAGCCUAAAAUCCAUUGUGAAGAUGGAUAAUAGUGAGGAAGACCACCAAGUCAAGAAACUUUCUGAAGGUGAGACAACACUUGGGCAGCCUGUAUGUGAUGAUGAAUCCAUCACGGACAAGGAAAAGGAUGUAUGGAAGAGGGAAAAAAUACAGGCCAUUCAGCUUUUCAAAAACCUGAAAUCAGAUGAUUACUUUUCCUGGCAGCAAUCUUUGAGGAUCAAAGAAAUCUGAUAAAUGGAUAAAUAUUAAUGAAUACCAAAGAUACAGGUAACUGAAAGAGGUUGCAACUGUCUGAUGAAAAUGAGCCCUCAAACCUAGGAACAAAUAAACAUCAUUUCCAUUUUCAAGUUUCCAGUCCAACGUGUUAAAAAACUUGAUGUAGCUCAAUAUCGUUCUCUGUGGUCCUCACAGAUUUGGCACGAAAGACAACAUAAAUAUUGCCCUUUACUGUUUUUCAAACCUUUUGUCUUAUCCAUGAUGAACAGCUUAUCCUCCUCAUGAUCCUCCUCACAAUCAUCUUGCAAUUGUAUCAGAUUGCUUGGCAGAACUCGUGGCAGGAAAUGCAGACUUAACAGCUUGAAAAGCUAUCAGAAGAAGACAAGCUUGGAAACCUUGGAAAGAAAAGUUCUAUCCUUAAAAGCAAUUUUGUUUAAUUUCUGUGCACUUGUAAAAUAACCCUAAAAGUCACCAAGGAACUCCUAUAUCUUUGCCUUUCCAUGAUGGCAUGAAAUAGGUAUUGUUUAAGGUGAAAAAAUCCCCCAGACAGCUAUAGAAGUGUAAAAAAAAAAAUUGAAAAAUGCUGUUGAAAUCCAGGAAAACUUUCUAACUGUUAAUGUGCAGUAUAUGGAUUCAAGGGAUAAGAAAGAAAUAUUACUGGGAUGCAUAAAGCAAGUUGUAGAGAACCAUUUGGAAGAAGGAAUGUUACUGAAAGAAAACCCAAGGGCUCCUAAGGUACAGUGAGAGGGAGUGGGGCAGAUAACAGAAAAUGGCAAGUAAGAGAUGCUGGGAAGGUGCACAAGCCUGUAACUGCUGGGGUUCUUCUAAGUGUUGAAGUACUAUAAGAUUUUCUUUCAGGUUUAUUGUCUGUUUAUGCAUUAUAUACUUCAUCCUAAUGUAUAAUUGAUCCUUAGUUUGUUUUUUUUUUUUCUUAAAUACUGAGAGUUGAGAAAGAGGAGACUUUUUUUUCUGGUUUUGCUCUAUAGAAAAUGGUACAAGGUAAGAGCACUUGUUCAGAGUUGCUACUCUCUUAUCAGUGGAAAGGCUUUGGUUUCAGACCUGAGGGUGGACUUGACUUCCAAAAAACCAUACAUUUUUUCAAAUAUAAAAUCUGUAUUAAUAAACAUAUUAUUCCUCCCUGUAAAUAUUUAAUUUCAUACGUUAAAAAUACUGUGUUUGCAAUAAAAUUCCUAUUAGCUCA